UUUUAGGGGUAGAUCUCGCCCCCUCCGUCCCCGAUAUAUCACAUCUCUUUCUGAUUGCAACUAUCUCUCUUCAACAAACAAUUCACUGAUUCAUUAUAUAUCUAGAGAUGGAAAAGGGCAAAGGAGUGAUGGGAAGUCGAAAAUGGGCCGUUGAUUUUACUGACAAUUCAUCUGCACCUUCCUCCCGUGACAUUCCUGACCCACCGGGUUUCACUCGCACAUCUUAUGAUCAAGAUGAUGCCACCCUGAGUCGUCAAAAGAAGGAUGCCGAAGCAAACUGGAAAUCUCAGAAAGCGUGGGAAGUGGCCCAAGCCCCAUUCAAGAAUCUGCUAAUGAUGGGGUUUAUGAUGUGGAUGGCUGGAAGUACAGUCCAUUUGUUUAGCAUAGGCAUAACAUUUUCAGCCCUUUGGCAGCCCUUAAGUGCCCUUCAAGGGGUCGGAAAGGUUUUUGAACCUUACAAGGAUAAUAAAGUAGACCUCCUUGCACCUAAGUUAUUAUACAUUGCCCUAAAUUUGGGGGGUAUGUUGCUUGGUGUUUGGAAGCUGAACACCCUUGGUCUUCUUCCAACUCACGCAUCUGAUUGGGUUUCAUCUUUACCCCCAGCACACGAGAUCGAGUUUUCAGGUGGAGGUAUUUCACUGCACUAAAAUUAGUCGCUUGUUAUCGUUUACGCUCUAGUUUUAUAAGAUCUAGUAGCUGAUGUGUGGAGAUUAAUUCUUUGCAUGCGAACUUUUUAUUCUAGUGUUCUGCCGGUCAUCAGAACUCCUUUGUAUACUUUGUUGUCGCAUUAUUUAGCAGCUCAAACACAGUAUAUUUUGAGAGAUAUAGUUCCAAUGUAUCGAACAUAAAAUUCUGUUUAGAGUUUUAAACCUAUUGUUUCUUGA